AUGUCUAGCAGCACACUUGGUGAUGGGGAAGACUCCAGCAGAAUCAGAGUGGCUGUGCGCUGCAGACCGCUUUUCGCUACAGAGAAGAACAGCGAUGUCGUUGACAUAUGCCGUAUCUUGGACGAGCACUUGGUCAUUUUGCUGGAUCCUGGUGCAGCAUCAAAUGACUACCUGCGGCAGGAAAAGUCCAAGGAGAAGCGCUUCGCAUUUGACCAAGCCUUUGACGCGCAGACGGACAGCCAGCGGGUAUUUGAGGCCACUGCGCAGCCUUUGAUAGGCAGCGUGCUUCAAGGCUUCAACUGCAGCGUGUUUGCGUACGGAUCUACGGGCGCUGGCAAGACAUUCACAAUGAUUGGAACUGAUACGGAGCCUGGGAUCAUGUCCCGUACAGUGGACGGGAUUUUCCAGCACGCAGCUUCAGACGGGAGCCUCUCCGUGACAUGUUGCUUUGUGGAGGUCUACAACGAAGUGCUGCGUGAUUUGGGAUCCCGAGACGGUCGAGAGGGCAUGCUGGAUUUGCGGGAAGACCCUGUAACAGGACCGUCGCUGACCGGGGUGACUGAGAUUCAGGCCAAAUCUGUGGAGCAGGUCAUGGAACUGUUGCAGGAGGGAAACAAGCGCCGCACAACUGAGCCCACCGCCAUGAACGUGACGUCUUCCAGAUCUCACGCUGUAUUUCAAGUCCGGCUGGAGCGGCGAGAUCCACGAAGCGAGGGAGUGAUGAUCGGAAAGCUGUCGAUGAUUGACCUGGCAGGCUCUGAGAGAGCCUCACAGACCAACAACAGCGGCCUACGUUUCCUGGAGGGCGCCAACAUCAAUCGCUCUCUUCUGGCCCUGGGGAACUGCAUCAACGCCUUGGCCUCUGGUUCUUCCUUCGUGCCCUUCCGCGAUUCCAAGCUCACCAGACUUCUGAAGGACUCCUUGGGAGGAAGUUGCCGGACAGUCAUGAUAGCCAACAUUUCGCCGAACCACCUGAGCUACGAGGACACCCUGAAUACGUUGAAGUAUGCCAACCGGGCGAAGAACAUAAGGGUGAGUGCUUUGCAGCAGCUGGUUCAGCCAGACGACCAUGUCAGGCAGUACGAGCAUGCCAUCUCCGACUUGCGUCAGGAGGCGGCGCUGCUGAAGGCCAAGCUGGUGCGGCGCGCCGCCACAAAUCCCAUGCCGGAGUCGGAGGCGGAAGCGGGCGAUGAGGCUUGCUUGAAGGAAGCAAGUGAGAAUUGGAAAGUGGAGAUCAUCAGAAAUUUGGAAAGUCGCUCCUCCCUCCAGCGCUCGCUGAUGGAAGUGGAGAAGGCGCUGUCUCAAUGGAAGGCAGAACUGCAGGAGGCGAAGGAAGUGAUCACCUGCUGGAAGGAACGAAGACCGGUGGCCACACCCAGCCGCCCGAGGCGGUCCGCUGAACCGCGAACCCUGGAUGAGUGGCAAGACCUGGUCUCCCAGAUUGAGGAGAACAUGGCAGAAAAUGCAGCGACCCGCAGAUCACUGGCACAAAGGCUGCAGCAGAAUAAGGAAGCAGGCAAGGAGUUGCAGGAGCAGUUGCCCCGGCGAGUGCUGAACGAGGACUUGCGGGCCUUUCUGGAGCUCAUCCAGCGAGUGAAGGUCCUGGAGUACGAGAGAUUGGAGCUGGACCACUUUUGGGAGAUACAUCGCCGGCAGCUGGUGGAUCGCGACGAUGAGAUUGCAAUGCUACGAGAGCAGCUGCGUCUUCGCAACAGACACCUCAGAGCAUUGCAUGCUCAGCUACCUGAGGAGCAUCAUGACCAGCUUGGGGAUCGGGCCCUUCUGGACACCAGCGACACCACCGAGCACGGGCCCUUGCGAGUCAUGCAGGCCUGGGCUCCCGCCAAGGAGGCAGAAGACUUCGACAAUUGGGACACGCGACCUUUACGGCAGCGCGAGCGGAGAUCGUCGGAUGACAAGUCCAAGGACAGUGCUGAGCUCCAGGACUGCAUUUCUGCAAAUGUCAUCGACUGGAGGGCCCUAGAGGUGCCUUUGGCAUCACAGAUCAAGGGCUUGGCGGUGCUGCAAGAGGAGGGCGGCGAAGUCGCCAGACUGCUGCUGCCGCAGCCUCCGGCUCCUCCCAUAGCAAUCCCACCCCCCACGCAGAAGCGCGGCCGGCAGUUCACUGGGCUGGCCGCCCACGGCGUCGCCCCUGCUCCUCCAGUCCCAAUGCGACGGCAUGAGCGGUCUCCGCCACGGGCGUAUGCCAGCGAGGUGGCUUUGCGCCGCGACCCAGGCCCGGGCCCGGGUCUGAACUCGGCCAGGGAGGCCCGCGAGGCCCGCAGCCCGUUGAACCCGCUGCUGCGGGCCUACGGUUUGCGGGACCAGCGGCAGAUGGACCGAGUGGGCAAUCGGAGGAGCAGCCCCUGGCGCCGAGGCGGCAUGGGGAAGGCGGGCAAAAUCAUGGUGGCGCCCCGCUGA